UUCAAAGUGGGAGUGUAAAGAAAGAUGGUUGCUACUGUCACCAAAUCAAAUCCGUCUCGACCGUGGAGUCUCUGCUUUUCCUGUCCAAUGUUUCACUUAAAAAACGUCCGUGAAUUAACAUGCUGGUUUGUUACCGUUUGUAUCCUAACGAGCCAGUCGUUGGCAGACGAUGGGGAGUUUAUGGAGGACUUUCUGAAGCGGGAAUAUUCUCUGGCUAAACCGUACCGCGGGCUGGGUUUCUCUAGUUCUUCGCAGUGGGAUCUGAUGGGCACUGCCAUGGUGACACCUGACCACGUGAGGCUGACCCCGGACCUGCAGAGCAGACAGGGAGCCGUAUGGAGUCGAAUUCCUUUCUUCUUGCGGGAUUGGGAGCUCAAGGUGCACUUUAAAAUCCACGGCCAGGGAAAGAAAAACUUGAAUGGGGACGGACUGGCCAUCUGGUUAACCAGAGAUCGCAUGCAGAACGGUCCUGUGUUUGGCAACAUGAACCAGUUUUGUGGACUCGGAAUAUUUGUGGAUACUUAUCCCAACGCUGACAAGAGCCAUGAUAAGACACAAGCUGGAAUUCAGAGGACUUUCCCAUACAUCUCAGUGAUGCUGGGCAACGGGACCCUGUCAUAUGACCACGAUUACGAUGGACGUACCACUGAACUCGGAGGAUGCACGGCUUUGGCACGAAACGCAAUUCAUGACACUUUUCUUCUAGUCAGAUACUCCAAAAACAAACUGACGCUCAUGGUGGAUGUAGAUGGUAAACAGGAAUGGAGAGACUGUGCUGAGGUCACAGGGGUGCGGCUACCAACAGGCUACUUCUUUGGUGCCUCGUCUGCCACUGGAGACCUGUCAGAUAACCACGACAUCAUCUCCAUGAAGUUAUACCAGCUGACAGUAGAGAAAACUGCAGAGGAGCAGGAGGAGGAAGAGGAGGAGGUCACCAUCCCCAGAGUUGACAACAUGAAACAGUUCCAAGUGGAGGUGGAGGAGGAAGGAAUGAGCGCACUCCACUUCUUCUUCACCCUCCUCUUCUCCAUCCUGGGCCUGGGCGUGCUGGGAGUAGUAGGGAUGGUGAUGUACGGCCGCUGGAAGGAAAACAAACGCAAACGCUUCUAUUGAUGAGAACACAACAGGUGAUCGGCGCAGGAUUUCAGAAUGUGUGUUUCUUAAUCGACAUACAUCACAACAAUGCAGACUGCCAUAGCCUCACUGAAACAUACAAAUGAAGUGAAAUGAACGAACAACAUCAUGGGUCUGAAGUCCAGAGCCAAGAGAACAUAAACAGCUGAGAGAUCAUGAACAGAUGAGCCAUGUUUGAACUAUCCUGUUUUUUUUUUUGUUUGUUUUUUUUUGUUUUGUUUUAGUUCUCAGAGAUAGAUGCUAUAGAGCUGCUUUAGUAAAAUGAAAUAACAGAACGCUCAUCUCAGUCUAAGCACAAUGGGACAGUGGCAUCCAUCCCAUCUGCACUGAGCCACUGUCCCACCAACAGAAGGGGAGAAAACUUUAGAAUCAGAUGCUGUGUGAAAGUUACUGACAUCAUGUGACAUGAUUUUAGAGAGGGGCAUCUCUGAAGACCAGAGACAUCUCAGAGCCUGUGGGACUGGUCAGGCAUGCAUGACACGCUGUUGGACAUUAGUCUCAAUCCUGCCAAAUUCCCCAGUCCUUUUCCUGUUUGUUUAUUGUUUACUCAUCCCAUUACAUUCUAAAUAUGUGACAUGUUUUUGUAGAUGUCAAAGUGAUCUUAGACUGUUAGAUAUUAAAUCAUUGUGAUUCAGGGUGGUUAGUUAAUUGACUCUUCAUACAAACUGCACUUAACUGUUACCUAGUUGGUAGCUGGCAGGGUAGUUUUUACCAGAAGGUGUUGACCUGUGGACCUGUAAAAUGAAACGUGUGGUUGAGAUCUAGGUUGUCCUCUGAAAUAUUAUCCUCCUAAAGCAAAGGGGAGCUAUGUUAGUGCAGAGGCUUAUGGCUAAUGUUAGCCUGCUGCUCCAUGUCUAACUGUCCACAGUUGUUUUAUUCAAAAAUGUAUCAGUCUGGGAAGAACUACUCGAGGGUACCGCUGAGCUACAUCAACUAUCCUGUCCAACUUGAUGCUGCCUUGUCCAUUUGUAAAUGCUUCACCCACUGGGACCUGGCUCUGGUCUGCAGAGAGAGCUGUAGCGUGCAGUUACCCUCCUCAUAGCGCUGUCGACGUGCAGCUUUAAUCCAUUUAUAGCUGCUGUGAAGACCAAUCAACCUGUGGAUUUCUGUCGACUUCCUCUUGUUGCACUGAAAAAAACCCAACAGUUUUUUACUGAGCUCCCAUACAUUUGAGAGCACCUUGUAAGUCGGGUAAACUUACGUAACUAGUGGAUUUAUGUUAGCUCUUUGUAAAUGCACGACUGAUGGUACAUUUGGCCUGAUGUACUAUAUAGAAAAUAUUGGAGUCACCGGAGCUGCUUAAAGUGCCUAGCCAGGACCAAUAAAGACAAGCUCUUACUUUAUGUUCCAGUGUUUCAGCAGCUCCCCGUUAAUUUUCCAUUUAGUGUCACCAAUACGUUGGUUUCAUUUACAAUCUGAGUUCACAAAACAUUCUCAGUUAUGAUAGGCUGAUAUGAGAUUUAUCCAAAAACAUUUUGUCAAUGUUGUCACUAGUUAUCAUUCUGAAGCUAGUUGUCUUCAGAGCCGUGUCAAUAGAAUCGUUUCCUCAUUUUAUUUGUGAUCAUGUAGCUUUAGACGUCUGCUCUGCUACACACUGUGAACUAAAUGGCCGUGCAGAGCAGCAUGUAGUCAAAUGUGAGUUUGAGUAAAUUGAGUAUGUGGAUCUAAAUGUUAACUGUCUAGCUGUGUAACCUGUGAUAUGACUGAUGCCAUCGCACAAGUUGGUGCCUUACAGCUGGUGUCCAAUGGAUGUGGCUCUUCUACUCCACCUCCAUCAAUCUUCUUUAACAAGACAGGGAAUCUCUGUGAUGUGUCAGAUUUAUUUAAAUUUAUUUUAAACACUAAAUCUGAGAAAAGGUUUGUAUAGACAAGAUGUGUGUAGGAGAACAGUUCUAUCUAGACUUUAACAUGUUUGAAACCGGCUGAAAAAUCUUGGUCAAGAGAUGGAGGAACGCUGGAGUAAGAAACUGGUUCAGAUUAACAGCGGCAGUGUUUUGUCAGGGUUCAAAUUAAGUUUCACAUAUCACGGUGUGUGUUGAGGUUUUAAGUUGCUCUUUAAUCAUGUUUCAUCAUGUUUAAUCACGUUUGCUUCUUUAUGAACUCUGCAUUUUUUUUUUCUGAAAUACAGGAGCAGGAGGCAGAUAGCUGGCUCUUCAUUAGAAAGUAUAUAUCUGUGUCAUAAACAAACUGAAGACAUCUUUAAAUAUACUUGUAAAAUGCAUCUUUAAGCGAUCCAGAAAAACUCUUAAAAGGAAGAGAGUCCGUUCCUCCACUUCUGAAACAUUUGCAGACGACAUGGUGACAGUCACAUCCACUGGACACAAGUUGACCUUAUAAGUCACAGGAAACAUUUGUCUUGUCGUUACUCGUGUUACUCAUCAAUAACAGUAGUAUUGUUUAAAUCAAUCAUCCCAGUAAGUCAUUAAAAGGUAGCAGCAUCAGAACCCUGGCCUGCAGUUACUAAUGAUGCAUUUUCACUCUACAAAUGUACAUUUACUCAGUUACUCUGAAGCAAUGAGAUGUUAAAAUACAGCUCAGUUAAAUAUGAAUUUAAUUACAUCAGCGUUACAAUAUGAAAGUUUUUAAUUGUGAACAUCAACGUUCACAAGAACAAAGGUGGUUGUUCACAGUGAAACUCAUCAGUUCAGAUUCUGUCCUUAUAGUUUGCCCCAAAUAUUCUCCUCUCAGUAGACGCUUACUGAAAUACAUGUAGCAGUGUUGCAGAGUUUCAUUUACUUGUGUUGUGUAUGCUUCAUUGUGGUUUUCCCAGAUUCUAAAGCCAUAUCAGUCAGUAGUUGACUAAUUUAAAAUUAGAGUAGUUUUGUAGAGUCAUUGUGCAUCUGAAAGGUUUACUGUUAUUCUUUCCCACUAAUUGUUUGUGUUAGAUCUCGAUUUAUUCUUGUAUGUAUAUCAGGUCAUUUGUUGUUAUCAUUCACACCACCAUCACUGAGGCAAUCAGCCAUGCAGGUAAUUAUGUAAAUAAUGAUGUUCUGAUAAAAUCCAAACCUGUCAGGAACAGUGUGAGUGAAAUGUUCUCCACGCUUCUGUCUGUCUGGGUCUUCCUUCCCCAGUAAAAGUUUCUAUGGUGAUUUUC